AUGUCACCCUACCGUCUGGUAUUUGGAAAAGCUUGUCAUCUGCCGGUGGAAUUGGAGCAUCGAGCUUAUUGGGCUGUGAAGAAAUUGAAUUUAGAUAUGAAAUUGGCCGGUCCACAAAGUUUGUUGCAGCUUGAUGAGUUGGAGGAUUUUUUUCAAAAUAAUGUAGAUGAAAAUGCAAAGAUAUACAAGGAACGGACAAAAAUGUGGCAUGAGAAGAGAAUCCUAAGGAGGGAUUUCAAGGCAGGAGAGCGAGUUCUUCUAUUCAACUCUCGCUUGAAACUUUUUCCUGGCAAGCUCAAAUCCCGGUGGUCGGGACAAUUUGUAAUUCGUAAGGUGUUCCCUUAUGGUGCAGUGGAGUUAGUAAGCUUGGAUGGGUCCACCUUUCAGGGAAAUGGACAACGCCUCAAGCAUUACUAUGGAGAAGAAAAUAAGGAUGUGGAAGAAAUUACACUUGAUAAACCAACUUAA